AUGGACGCACGAACGAACGAGUUUCAAAAAUGUAUAAGUGCCAAGAAAACGGCGAACAAAAUGAAUGAAAAUAUGAUCAAAUCGACCAUUAAACUAUAUCGUCAAAAAAGUUCACCGUAUAAAUUGGCGAGGAACAAACCGUUGAAAGAUGUCGAAUCGUCGAACUCGACCUUCAGCCAACCUUUGGUGGCCAUUAAUGAUGAGUUCACAAGUCUUUCCCAAAAGUUUAUGAACCUGACCGAAAUGGUACACAACAUGAGAGAAAAUUUGAUCAAAACUCAAAGGGAGGUGUACCGUCGAAAAAGUAAUAUUUAUAAUACGAUAUAA